AUGGUCAUUCAGUGCAACGCCUCCAAUGUUCACGGUUAUGUGUUCGCCGAUGUCUAUCUGUACAUCACAGAAAACAUAGCCUUACACAAACCAGCAUGGCAGAGUAGUCAAUAUAAACCAGGUAACGACCUAUUCAAUGCAAGUAAUGCUGUAGAUGGACUCAAAUCCAACCUCCAUGGCUGGGGAGGACAGUGUGUCGCAUCGCGUGGCAAAACAAAAGCCACAUGGAGAGUGGACCUAGAGGACAUCCGCAGUAUACAUCAUGUUACCAUUUAUUACAGGACGGAGAAUAAGGCAUGGGGUUCGACAAAUAAAUAUUCUGCAAGAUUUUUGGGGUUUUCGUUAUACGUAUCGAACACAACCGACAGAACACAGGGAGAAUUGUGUUUCCAUGACACAAACUACACAAGGGCCACCAUACCCGCCGUCCUUAACGUCACGUGUCCAGUUCACGGACAAUAUGUCAUCUACUACAACGAAAGACUACAAGGGAAGACCUACCCUGAUGGUUAUAGUACCAGCGCCUAUAAUGAUGUCUGUGAAGUUGAGGUUUAUGGAUGUCCCAGGCCUGGAUUUUACGGAGAAAACUGUUCCCUCCAGUGUCCAGUCAACUGUAGAACUGUGUAUUGUCACAUAGAGACAGGGGCGUGUCAAGAGUGUAAACCUGGAUACAAAGGUCAUCAGUGUGAACAAGCCCAAACCUUUGAAAUUAAGAAAGAGUUUAUUGACGGCAAUCUGACUUUUACUUGGACGAAUGUUUCCACUCGUCGUAAUGAUAUAGUGAUCACAAAGGAUGGAAGUGAGAGUGGCUGGAUACUAAUCACUGAUGACAAGUACACAGUGGAGGAUGUAUGGAAGUACAAAUCUGUAACGAUCAAUGUACGGGAAUACACAUCAGCAGACCACCGAUCAUUUAAAGAUUACUAUUCAACAUACACUGACUGUGAGAAAGGAUCAUACGGACCUAUCUGUAGGCAUGUCUGUGGACAUUGUAAAGGAGGGGUUACAUGUGAUCACGUGAACGGUUCUUGUCCUUCACAAGCGUGUGAACCAGGAUGGAAGCAGACAGCAGAUAGGAAAUGUGACCGGGCCUGCGAGAAAGGAUUGUAUGGCACCAAUUGUCUUUAUGUCUGCGGACAUUGUGCAGGGAAUGUAACAUGUGAUCACGUGGAUGGAUCUUGUCCUUCUGGGUAUUGUGCACCAGGAUGGAAGCACACAUCUGAUCGGAAAUGCGACCAAGAGUGCGAUGACGGAACUUUUGGACACAAUUGUAUGCUGACUUGCAGUGGUCACUGUGCUGAUGGAUUACCGUGUAGUAAAACAGACGGUCUGUGUCCUGGAGGCUGUAUGAAUGGAUGGACAAAUCCGUAUUGCAACGAAAAAUGCAGUCAUGGAUCUUACGGGAAAGCUUGCAUGGGAAGGUGUGGUUUUUGUGCAGACAACGAACCGUGUAAUCACAUAAACGGAACCUGUCCUGCCUCGUGUGAACCCGGUUAUCAAGGGGAGAAGUGUGACACAGAGGGGGCCCCCAGGACCUCUGGAUUCAUGUGUAAAUCGCUCUGUGCUAAUGUGUGUAACGCGGUGUGCAAGAAGCAAAUCGUGAACUAAGAGAAGAUACAUCGAUACAUCUAUAGUAUAUGUCGUUUUGUAACUAUAUUUCUAGUAUAUUGAUAUAUUUAGAUUAUUACAUUGCAUGGAAUAUGUGGAUACUUUUAUAUUAUGUUAUAUACGUGUUUAUAUUCGUUAUAUCAGUGUUAUUCAAAGUUUCGCUAUCAAAUGUAUAUCCUAUUGGAAUUAUUUCAUACACAUAAAAUAAAUAUUGAUGAGAUUUA